AUGAAAGCAAACUUUGCUCAACACCUGUCUAUAUAUAUUGCAGGUUGCAGUGGCUGCCCAGUUGAUCCGUUCGCUCUGUUGCCUGAGAAGAAAGAAGUGGUGAGUAAAAACAACUAAGACCAAAUCAUGGCUCCCUGGCCUGAAGUAGAAAAGCCUGAAACCAAUAACUAUAUUGGGGACUCUUCCAAGCAAAACCAGAACAUGGCUGGGAAAGAAGGAGAAAAUCACAAAGGCAACGUGGCUUCACUUGGAAAUAAAGGGGAAAUUCAACCUGCGUUUUCCACAAUAGCCUUGAUAGAUGAGACAAGGCCAGAAGAAGACGACCCAUGGGCUCUGCCAGAACUACAGGACACAGGGGUCAAGUGGUCAGAAUUGGAUAGAAAAGGAAAAAUCAUUCGUGUACUCUACGGGAUAGGGAAGUUUGUUAUGCUACUUGGAUUACUCUACUUGUUCGUGUGUUCUCUGGAUGUACUGAGUUCUGCUUUUCAACUGGUAGGAGGUAAAGCCGCAGGGGACAUUUUUCAAGAUGAUUCAGUGCUGUCUAAUCCUGUUGCGGGAUUGGUGAUUGGAGUUCUGGUGACUGUUAUGGUCCAGAGCUCCAGCACUUCUUCAUCCAUUGUGGUCAGCAUGGUGUCCUCCACGUUGCUGACUGUUCAAUCAGCCAUUCCUAUCAUAAUGGGGGCAAACAUUGGCACCUCAGUUACAAACACGAUUGUGGCACUCAUGCAAGCCGGGGACAGGAAUGAAUUUAGAAGGGCCUUUGCUGGGGCAACAAUCCAUGACUUCUUUAAUUGGCUUGCUGUGUUUGCGCUGUUGCCCAUUGAAGUUAUUUCUGGCUAUCUUUACCAUCUCACCAAUGCUAUAGUUGAGUCCUUUCAUCUUGAAAGUGGUGAGGACGCCCCUGAGCUACUGAAAGUUAUCACAGACCCCUUUACGAAGCUCAUCGUUGAGCUUGAUAAAUCAGUAAUAAACGCAAUUGCUACAAAUGAUGAAUCAGCAAAAAACAAAAGCCUGUUAAAGAUUUGGUGUGUAACUGAAACCAAUGUGACACUGCAGAAUGUCACCAUUCCACCUUCAGAAAACUGCACAUCUCCUGACCUUUGCUGGACUGAGGGAAACGUAACAUGGACCAUCAAGAAUGUAACUGAAACAGAAUAUAUCAGUAAAUGCCGGCAUCUCUUUGCAAACACAAACCUGCCUGAUCUUGCCAUCGGUCUCAUCCUUCUGGCUCUGUCCCUGCUCGUUCUGUGCUCCUGUUUGGUGAUGAUCGUUAAGCUAUUAAACUCUGUGCUUAAAGGACAAGUGGCGAGCGUUAUCAAGAAGACAAUCAACACUGAUUUUCCAUUUCCUUUUACUUGGCUAGCGGGAUACCUGGCUAUGCUUGCAGGGGCUGGUAUGACCUUCGUUGUCCAAAGUAGUUCUGUUUUCACAUCUGCUAUUACACCACUUGUCG